CCGUUGCCACACAUUCUCAAGUUCAAAUUCAAAACCCGAUUAAGAGGAGGAGGAAGAAGAAAGGUUCGUCCUUCGUUCUCUUCACAGCGACACAGCACCAGUUGAUUGAUUCCCAGCUUCAAGUCGCUGCAGUUUCAGGAGCGGCGCACAGUCGCCGGAUUAGAACCCUCCAUUGAUAGUGUUGAAACAAGCUUCCCGCGGCCUAAAUGGCGAACCAACUUUACCGGGCUGCCCCGAUGAACGGCCACUGUUCACCGUCACCUACCACGCCUCCUUGGAAUGGGAUGGAGGAGAAGGGUUUUCUGUCACAGACUGUGGAAGCCAUGGUUGAGAAGAUUUGUUUUGAGCAGUGUCAAGAACCCCUAGAUGAUUAUGCCAAAAGGGCUCUUGCUUCGCUAGGAGAACAGGCUUCAAUAGAGCUCCUGGAGAAAAUAUCAGUUUGCACGAUCCGGAAAUCGCUCAGCGCUUUUAUUGUAUUUAUGGCGAAAAAGCAUCAGAAUCAGCCCAGUUCUUCAGCUGAAAGCGUUUCGAAGUCUCCUCACAGAAGCUUCUCUGCUCUUUCUCCUUGCUCUUCCAGUAAUUCUACUGCAGGGAAUGUUCCGUUUUAUAAGAGUAAUGUUAGGGGCUCUGGUAAUCAAAAACCACUUUACAAUGAUGCUGGCUGGACCCCUGAUUCAAAAAAUUCAAAGCCAAAAUCGUUAUCUUUUCCAAUGAGUCCUCAGACUUUUAGUCACCAUGCCAGAAGAUCAGAAUUCAAAGAGAGGGGAAACACCCAAGGAAUUAGUUACCAGCUGUCAGCACUCAGUGAGCUUGAAUUUAGAAAGUUCUACUUAAUAUUAAACUAUAUCGGGAGGAACAAUUUGGAGGAUGUGGUGACUCCUGAGGCUGCUGAUGAUAUUGCAAGCAUAGGAGAUCAGCCAAUGGCAUCCUUUGAGUCAUAUAUCUGGAGCAAAUAUGGCCAUUUGUGUGAAGAUUGCGAAAGACUGCGGUAUACUGAUUGGGAUUCUGGUAGAACCCAUCUUUACUACUGCAACAUUGAUUCAAACGAAGAGUGUACUUUCAAGGGACCUUAUUUGAAUGCUGCAAGAACACACUUGCAACAAGCUUUAGGAGAUGAGAAUGUGUUGAUUGUUAGGUUUUUGGGGGAUGCUCCCACUAAUCCCAGAAAGAUCGUUGAGAAUGGAAUUUCAGUUGGACUAAGAUGCUAUCACUUUUUUGUUUUUAAAGAUGAAGGGAACAAAAAAAGGAAUUCCACAGAAGGAAAUGGAACCACCAUCAAAAGCUAUUUUAUACGGAUGGAUACUGGUGGUAAUGCAAAACAAAGCUUCAUUUUGCAGGGGAAGACAGUCCAUGAAGCUCGGUGUCUUUUUAUGCAUGUGCACAUGGUUUCAAGCAUGGCUAAAUAUGUGAUUUUCUCUUAUACUGUCGAAGACUGUCAAAUACCCUAUUGAUCUAGGACCUCUAGGGGAUGUUAAAAUAUAUGAAAUUGAGGAUACAUAUUGCCGUGAUAAGUUCGGAUCCAUUAUCUACGAUGAAGAUGGGGCACCUCUCAUUCAAACUGAUGGAACUGGUUAUAUAUCAGAAGAUCUAGCAAAAAAAUGCCCCAGUAACUUUUACAGUGUAAAACAUUUGAAGGGGACCAGUUCUAAGAAAACCAUCAAUGGUUUCCAAGACACGGAAUUUCAGAACAUGGAACCGCCUUUGUUAAUGCAAUGUCGUCUCUACUACGACGGACGUGCAGUUAAGGGAACACUUCUUGUUGAUAGACGGCUCACAGAUAGGUCAAUUCAUGUUAGACCGUCUAUGGUCAAGGUUGGUGCAGAUCCAGAAAUUUUUCGCACCCAAACAUUCAACUCUCUUGAGAUAGUAGCUGUCAGCCAUAAACCCAAAAGAGCUCACCUCUCAAAAACUUUGAUUGCUCUCUUGUGCUAUGGAGGAGUUCCGAGUGAUUUUUUUUUGGAGAUACUGAAGAAUGCUUUGGAAGAGGCCCGGAACAUAUACUGUGAUGAGAUAUUAGCUUUGAAAGAAAAAGUAAUAAAUUGAUAAAUUAAUUUGAACGGAAUGCAAUAUUAGUCUUUUACUACCUCCGUCCCGCUAUAUUCGUCCACUUUUGACUUUUGGAACUGUUCAUCUAAGCACUUUGACUCAUCAAAUUCUCUCAAUGUGUAAGCCUAAAUAUAGUCAUGUGUGAUCUUGUUUGAUUUGUCUUAACAUAUAGAUUAUUAAUAUAUAAUUUCUAUAAUUUUUUAAUAUACAAAUUACAAGAUAAAAUGGAUUAAAGAAGUGUAUUGGAUGAUGUGUAAAAAUGAAAGUGGACAAAUACUCUGGGACGGAGGGAGUACAAAAUAUUUAUAAUGAAUUUGAAAAUUCAAAUAAUUUAAUAAAACAUAAUGAAUUUAGUCAAUAUGU